GGGCAUUCGGUUAGUCAACCGAUUCGUCCCUUCUAUGUUCGACGUGAAUUCCGCAGCCACCUACGACCGUACGUAUUCGGAAGAAAAAUUAUCAACGCCGGCGCCUCAAUUAACCAGACUGUUAUCCAGUGCCGAAUAAUAUAAUGUUACGAGCUUAUUAACAUUGUUGCGAAAAAUUCGUUUUAUAUGAAACGCGUCCUGGAAUAUUCGGUUCUCUCCAAUGAAAAUGCCGUGAAUUCUUUUCGGUGAUUUGAGUGGCACACUGAGGAUAUUGGAACGCGCCCGGGGGGCACAGAAUGUCGGCGACAUAGAUUUUGAUUAACGAAUUAUCAUCGGCUGGAUGGACCGUGUUCGAGUUUCUGUGGAUGUUUGCUCGCGGUUUGUUGUGAUUCAGGAAGUUAAUGUGAGGAGUUGUUCCACGCGCUGUUUGGAGUUCGUUGCGCUCUCGAUGAGGAUUCCAGAGAUUUUUUGACUACUCGAAAUAGGUACGGGAUGGUUUUGAAACGAUCUUUAUGGACUCGCUUGGGGUUCAUGAGAUGUUAUUGAGAUACCUUCCAAAUCCUAAUGUCUCAAAGGGUGCCAUCACGCAACAGAGCACCCUCUAUAGGCCUCCAUCAAGAUAGCAAUUUCUAUCAUCAGGACUCGAACGUGCCUCAUCCAUCCAACAACAAAUAUGUGCACCAUUACCACCACACCUCUUCCUCCUCCCAUCACCACCAGAACAACGUUCGGCUGUACAGGAACAGCUAUUCGAACACAGGUGGCGCCACCACCGGUGUGGACACGGGUCUGAGCGACGACACGGACGUCUACUACGAGUACUACAACGACGCGCCCCAUUAUCAGAACCACCAUGGCGACAGGAUGGGGUUUUCAGAGGACAGCGGUUCGGUCAGGCUGCCCCUGUACGAAUCAGAGGACGGUUCAGCCUCCAGGAAUAAUCCUGGUUAUGGCGACAGGGGAUCGCAGAACAGGAGAUCGCAGCUAUACAGAGACAGGUCGAGCACGAGCAGCAACACGGCUACUAGGGACUUGAGGAGGGUUUAUCCGAACGCCGAGGAGAACUCCUGGGGUAGGAUGUAUCAGGAAGUGCCGUCGCCGGAGAUAGUGCCCCAUGAGCAGAGCCCACAGUUGAGAACUGUACCCGUGCCGUCUGGUUACCACAGACCCCAAAGCCCGUCCAGCUCCGCGAUUGGCAGUACUGUAGUUGACGGAUGCGGCGGGAAAUGUCAAACGUGCGAAAACGUCUGCUAUUUUUUCCUCCAGUUGGUGUUCACGAUGGGCAUCCUCAUAGGCGUCUCCCUGUGCAUAGCCGGCACCGUCCUGCGUAAAUCUGCCGCCAAAAAUUUGCAGGUGCUGGUUUACAUAGGAGCACUCGUUUCUAUGGUCAGCGCGCUGUUGCUGUGCAUCCAGUGUAACGCUAGGAAGAACGCCAAGAACAGGAAGAAGGCGUUGUGGAACGCCAAGAGAGCUCCGAUACCGAUGGAGACCCUGAAUGUACAAGGCGGCGCCGUUGUGCCCCAACAGCAACCGCUGGUGGUCGUUCAGGAUAACAGGACCCAAAGAGUUGUUCAAUUACCUCAGGGACCAAUAAAUGCUCAUAGAUUUAGGAAUUUUGAAGUGUCUCCGGACAGUAGUUUGGAGGAACAAGGAAUACCAUGGUGGAGAAGGAAAGAAAUGAACUGACGAUGAAAGACGGUUCAAGUGAUAAAGUCACCUGGAAAUUUGAAGGUGGAGUUGACUGAAUUUAACAAUAUUGAUAUUAUUAACGUAGUCGGAGCAGUUUUUGCAAUAUUUUUGUACAGAACCAGAUGCUCUCAGUUUUGUGAAUUACAUCAGAUUUUGUAUAUAAAGAGUGUAUUUUAUGAAAAUGUAAACAAUUUUUGCUACCUCAAAGUUUGUAUAUCUAGUCUAGUUCUCCUUGUAUAUUUUUUGUAUAUAAAAUUGUGAUAGUAAAGCUUAAAAUUUG